UUGCUGUGUGAGAACAUGCUGCUCUUCUGCCCAACCUGUGGCAAUGUGCUGAUUGUGGAGGAAGGGCAGAAAUGCUACAGGUUCGCCUGCAAUACCUGCCCCUAUGUGCACAAUAUUAAUCGCAAGGUAACCAGCAGAAAAUACACCAAACUCAAGGAGGUUGAUGAUGUUCUGGGAGGCUCUGCAGCGUGGGAAAACGUGGACUCGACUGCAGAACCUUGUCCAAAAUGCGAGCAUCCUAGAGCUUAUUUUAUGCAGAUUCAGACCAGAUCAGCUGAUGAGCCAAUGACUACAUUUUACAAGUGUUGCAAUGCACAGUGUGGCCACCGAUGGAGAGAUUGAUCCCUUUGUUUUGUCCAUGUACUUUGUUUAAUUACAUUAAUAUUGCCGUGUGAUGUUAUGUAAUUAUUUCUUUAGAUUGUGAGAAUAAGAGGUUUACCGAAAGUUUAAUAUUGAUGGUGUAUCCUCAGGAUAGGUCAUCAAUAUAUGAUGACAGCACGGCGGCCUCCUCACCGUAUACCAAGUACAGCACUGUACAUUGUAUAGCACCUUGGUUCUCAGGGCAGGCCCAUUAACUUGAAUGGGACUGAGCUCCACUUAGACCAUGUAACCAAUGAACGUGACAUGACUGGCCUAGAAAUAGGCUGCAAGCCUCAUCUGAGUGUCAGUCUUUUCAAACAGCAGAUUGGCAGGGGGGCUGGGAGUUGGACCCCCACCAAUCAGAUAUCUUGAGGAUGGGCCAUCAAUAUGAAACUCCCAGAUCAUCCCCUUUAAGAGUCUAUAUUCAUUUAGAAGUGUCAUAUCUUCAAUGUUGUCCCAUGAACAGAUACAAUAAAAUAUUUACAAAAAUGUGA